AUGCCUAGCUCUUUAGAUAGACAAGCGCCGCCACGGCUAGCCACACUCCCGCCAGAGCUGCUGGAUCAGGUCUUGGGAGCCUUGGUCUGCUCCGACAUUUCACGCCUCUCACGGACCUGUUGGGACUUUUAUACCCUUCUUCUCCCGAGGCUUCUGGGUGAUCCGGAAAACAACAGCAAGGCCGUCCGAUGGGCUUGCCACGCGGGUGUCAACAGCCUGAUCGACAAAGCCGUAAAUUACGGCUCGCUCGUCAGCUCGGUUGCCAUAGGACGCGCCAACGUCCGGGUCCUCACCCUGGCCCUCGCGGCGAGGAGCGGGCAGGUCGGCACCUUCCAGCACCUGAUCGAGCUCGGCGCCCAGGUGGACUGCCCCGGGGUCGACCACUCCGCCGUCCGCACCCUGGUUCUAUCGCUAGCCAGGUCGCCUUCCCCGGACCUGCUCCGCAUCUUCCUCGAGGCCAGCCCGUCGCUCGUCUCGCAGCUGCACAACCAUCAGCGCACCGAGCUGCUUUUCCACGCCGUCGACGCCGCCAGCCGGAAAAGGGACGCCUGGGACGUCUCGUCCUGCCUGGAGAUGGCCAGAAGGCUUAUAGUCGCCGGCGCCGACCCCAACCCUAGCCCAAUCUUGAUGCGCUAUCCAAUCCACAGCCACCACGUCUUCCUGCCAACGCUUUCGGUAGCCAUACGAUCGCGCUCACCCGAGCUCGUGCGCCUCUUGCUGGAAAAUGGCGCCCGCGUGGACUCACAGCUGGAAACCCUCUUUACCAUCACGUACAGGCUCCGCAAACAGCCGUCGCCAGCAGAGCAAUACCCCGAAGGUGUUGCAAGCUUCUCGCCCAUUUGCGCAGUCGCAUAUUGGCUCGCCGAAACCCUUUCCGCCACCGAGCCAUCGGUGCGCGCCCAGGACUUCCAACACCUGGCCGAGAUUGGCCGUCUGUGCCUCGAGCGUGGGGCCGCAGUCAACGACAGCGUGGCGAUCCAAAGAGGACGGCUCCGGUGCCUGCGAACGCCGAUGAUGCUCUACGUGGCCAUGGUCAAGGAUUGGGGGCCACCCGGCGAAGAGCCAGAGUCGGACGCCAUGCAGAGGUUACGAUACCUGCUUGGGAUCGGCGGGGCCGGCCUGCCCGACACGCCGCGCACCCCGAGGUACGCAGUCAAGAUGCGCGAGGGCCAGACUAAACCGACGGUUCGUGGGCACCACGCCUACUGGCAUAGCUGGCGUACUAGGCAGCAGCUUUGGAUGUCGCCUGCGCAUCUCCUCAUGCAGGUGUGGUCUCCCCUCGCCUCCGAGCUCCCCGCGCUUGUGCGGCCUCUCAAGCUUCUCAUGUCAAAGAAUGGCCCACAUGUGACCUCACACCUCGGGCCGCCGCACGACCAAUACGGCCCCUCGGCGGCCGAGCUUCUGGCCCUCUAUAUGUAUAUUCCUAAGUCUACAGAGCAGCCUGGCGGCAUGGGGGACCAUACCGAUCCCGUCAUGUCCGCCUGGGAAUCCAUCCUGGCCAGCGCAAUCCAACGCCUGGAGCCCGCGGAACUCAACCGCCUUCUCAAGGACUACAUCUGGUUAAAGCUGACCUGCGCCUAUCACUACCACGGAACAAGCCUAGAGUGUUGCCAGGGCCCUCCAUCAACCACCUACUGUGGCAGCCAAUGCUGCAUUGUGGCAACCUUGGCCGACGACAGACUCACGCGCCCGACCAUACGGCAGCUCAUCGCCGCCGGGGCCAACGUGGACCACAAGAUCAGCAGCGCCGAGCCCACCCCACUGCAGAACUUUGGCCUCUGGCUCACCCACCCCCACCACCACCGCCACGAGCACCAGCACGUGCGCAUGCCCGGCGUCCAGUGGGGCCACCCCCGCAUGGGCGCCAUCGGCCUGACCGAGGAGCGGGCGCGGCUGCUGCGCUACCUGAUCAACGAGUGCGGUGCCGACCCCACGAUCCCCCACAACGGCCAGACAAUGGCCGAGAUGCUGCGCCAAAGACUCGAGAAGGCCCGGCAGGACAUCGACCAAGCGUCCGCCCUCUACGAACGCCUGGUCUUGUUUGACUUUGGCCGGCCUGGCGGCUACUCUGAGGAUAUGCGGAGGAGGGUUAUAUGGGAAGAGGAGGAGGAGGAGGAGGAGGAGGAGAAAGAGGAAGAAGUGCUCGAGACUGGGCUCAGCCAGGAUGACCUAAGUGCAGUGGCUGGACUACGUCUUGGUGAUUGAGACCAUCUGAAGAAGCAUUAGCGAGCGCAAAUAUUCAAGAUCGAAUAUAGAAUAGAACAAGACCAAAACUGUACCAUUCGGCCAAGGCCGAGUGAAUGUGCCUAAGGAGCGACCUCCCAUCCCCCCCCCCACCGGAUCGUGCUCCAAACGCCGUCCCGACUUUCGCAAUUCAU